CAGCAGUUCCGGGGACAGGGAACCCGAAGGCCUCUUCGGCGAUCUCCGAGUCCCUGAGCCUCAGUUUUCCUGCUGCCAAGUGAAUAAAGGCCAGCGGUGCGGGACCGGGCAGCCACAGGUGUGAUAUUCCCUGAGGACCACGGUCUAGACCGAAGAGAACAAGGCCCAGAAAGAGAUCAAGAUGGGGUUUAUAUUUUCAAAAUCUAUGAAUGAAAACAUGAAAAUGCAACAGGAGUUCAUGCUUAUGAAUGCUCGACUUCAGCUGGAAAGGCAGCUAAUUAUGCAGAAUGAAAUGAGAGAGAGACAAAUGGCCAUGCAGAUUGCUUGGUCUCGGGAAUUUCUCAAAUACUUUGGAACGUUUUUUGGGAUUGUAGCCACCUCUUUAACAGCUGGAGCAAUAAAAAGGAAGAAGCCAGCCUUCCUCUUCCCUAUCAUCCCAUUAGGCUUUGUCUUUACCUACCAGUAUGACUUGGGCUACGGAACCCUUCUACAAAGAAUGAAAGGUGAAGCCGAGAACAUACUGGAAACAGAACAGAGUACGCUACAGCUGCCAAAAGGAGUGAUUACUUUUGAAAGCCUUGAAAAAGCCAGAAGGGAACAAAAAAUCGUGACAUUUUCCACCAUGAAAAAUGCAGGAAACUUAAACACAAUAAUGGAAUUGAUUCCUACUUUGCCACAGAAACUGAAGAGAACACUGGAUGAGAGGCAUCCAGUAUUGAAAGAGAUACUACAGCAAGAUACAUCGGAGGAUACAAAUCUUAACUUUGAAGAACUCAAGGAAAAUAGAUUCCAUACUAUUGGAGCAGGACACAAAAGUGUUUCAGAAUUUAAAAAUGUACACUUAGCUAAACAUUUCCUACAAAAGAGGCAUGUCCCUUCCGUACUAUCUAGCAAGUGUUGUUCUGUAGGUUGUACCGAAACAGAGGUGGCCGCAUUCUGCUGAGAUGGCACUAAUUGUGUAUUUCAUCCUAUGUUCACAUGUGUUCUCAAUGGCCCAUUCACAAAUGCCUUCGUCACCCCACCUAUUAUUAGAAUAUGAGAAAUGAUUAUUGGUGUUUGGCUUUUUAAUUUUGUAAGAAGGUAUU